AUGACUGAAGCUGUACCGCAGAAGCGGGUUUUGAGCGAUGCAACAAAUAACGCCCGCAGUAUCCUGGCGACGCCUAGUUCAAUGAAGAAGCGGAAACUAGACACCGGACCUCCUGUUAAAACGAACCCUUCAUCGCAGAAUAGCCAGCGAAGAGUGGUUGGAUCAAGCCAGCCGCAGAAGAGCCAGUUCGAGGAGGAGGUCCUGGAGAAGUUAACCCAAGACAUUAGCGGGUUAAAGGACAGCAAUUCGGAAAAGGAUCAACAAUGGGAACGACCACCUUUGGGUGAAUUCGACCCAACGAAAGAAAACAUCUGCUUUCAACAGAUCGAUGCUGAAGAGGGAACAUUAAUGGGGAAGACAGCUGUCAGACUUUUUGGCGUCACUGAGACUGGCCAAUCGGUCCUGCUUCAUGUUACAGGAUUUCAGCACUACCUCUAUAUUGCUGCACCGGUGAAUUUCACAAAGGAUGACUGCGAACCUUAUCGGGCCUUUCUGGAAAGCAAGCUCGGCCAAUUCCAACCAACUAUCCAGUCGGUUCAGCUUGCUAUGAGAGAGAAUAUAUACGGAUUCCAAGGCAACCAGAAGAGCUGGUACUUGAAGAUUACAGUUACCGAGCCGAGGUAUAUCUCUAAAGUUCGAAGCGCCCUCGAAAAUACGGCUUCAAGCUUCAAUUACAAAGGACUGUGGGACAUUUCAACCGAUUCAAUUCCUACCUUUGACAACAUUCAAUACCUGUUGAGAUUUAUGAUUGACACGGACAUUUCUGGUAUGUCGUGGGUUGAGGCUAAAGCGGGAGACUACCGACUGUUUAAUCCUCAAGAGAAGGUCUCGAAUUGCCAGAUAGAGGCGAGCGUGGAUUACCAUGGCUUGGUUUCUCAUCCUCCUAACGGGGAUUGGGCUAAAAUGGCACCGUUGCGUAUUCUGUCCUUUGACAUUGAGUGUGCCGGGCGUAAGGGUAUAUUCCCUGAGCCAAACGAAGACCCCGUCAUUCAAAUCGCCAACGUGGUGACGCGUUAUGGAGAGUCAAAACCAUUUAUCCGGAACGUCUUUGUGUUGGACACGUGUAGCCUGAUUGUCAAUACCCAAAUCCUGGAAUUUCAAAAGGAAGAGAAAAUGCUUAUGGCAUGGCGCGACUUCGUUGAAAAGGUUGACCCCGAUGUGAUCAUUGGGUACAAUAUUGCGAACUUUGAUUUCCCCUACCUCUUAGAACGGGCGAAAUACUUGAAGUGCAGUGGGUUUCCUUACUGGACCAGGGUGAAUGGACUUCAGUCGCAGGCCAAAGACGCGAACUUUUCCAGUAAGCAAAUGGGCAACCGCGAAUCCAAAGCAACGAACACAAAUGGAAGAAUCCAAUUGGAUCUUCUCCAACUGGUGCAGAGAGACUACCAUUUGCGGAGCUAUACCCUUAACUCUGUUUCUUACGAAUUUUUAGGAGAGCAGAAGGAGGAUGUCCACCACACCAUGAUCACUGAACUGUAUAAUGGAACGCCAGACUCGAGGCGACGUUUAGCAGUUUAUUGCUUGAAAGAUGCUUAUUUGCCACAACGCCUAAUGGAUAAGCUCAUGUGUCUUGUCAAUUAUACCGAAAUGGCAAGAGUCACCGGGGUUCCGUUCAAUUUCCUGCUCUCACGUGGACAGCAAGUCAAAUUCCUCAGCCAACUGUUCCGCAAGGCUCUGGAACAGCAGCUUGUCAUACCAAACGCAAAAGCGACAGACGAGCAAGACUAUGAGGGUGCAACGGUCAUUGAGCCGAUACGUGGGUACUAUGGUGUACCUAUUGCUACUCUCGAUUUCGCAUCUCUGUACCCUUCUAUCAUUCAGGCUCAUAACCUAUGUUACACAACAUUACUGAAUAAAGCUAAGGUCGAGAAGCUUCAGUUGAAAAAAGAUGAGGACUACAUUGUCACACCAAAUGGAGAUAUGUUUUGUACAACGAAAGUUCGCAAGGGCCUUUUGUCACAGAUUCUGGAAGAGCUCCUCAUGGCGAGAAAACGAGCAAAGAAAGAGCUGGCGGUCGAAACCGAUCCAUUCAAAAAAGCCGUUUUAAAUGGAAGACAGCUUGCUCUGAAAAUUAGUGCUAACAGUGUCUACGGUCUUACUGGUGCAACAGUUGGGAAAUUACCUUGUCUUCCCAUUGCCAGUAGCACGACUAGUUAUGGGCGCCAAAUGAUUGAAAAAACGAAGCAGGAGGUGGAAGCAAGGUACACCAUUGCGAACGGCUACUCCCAUGACGCCAAAGUCAUAUAUGGCGACACGGAUUCAGUCAUGGUGAAAUUUGGCGUUACUGAACUCGAGGAGGCUAUGAAGCUAGGCCAAGAAGCUGCAGGAUAUGUAUCCUCAAAAUUCAUUAAGCCGAUUAAACUGGAGUUCGAAAAGGUUUACUUCCCGUAUCUCCUGAUUAACAAAAAGAGAUAUGCAGGUCUGUACUGGACCAAUCCGAAAAAGUUCGAUAAGAUGGACACCAAGGGUAUUGAGACUGUGCGCCGAGACAACUGCUUGCUGGUACAGAAUGUCAUUGAGACGGUACUGAAUCGAAUCUUGAUUGACAGGGACCUGGAUGGUGCCCAAGAUUACGUUAAGGACACGAUAUCAGACCUGUUGCAAAACAGAAUUGAUAUGUCAAAGUUGGUCAUCACUAAAGCCCUUUCCAAGUCCGACUAUACAGCCAAGCAAGCCCACGUCGAGCUUGCAGAGCGCAUGCGAAAACGUGAUGCAGGCUCUGCACCUACCCUUGGUGACCGCGUUGCAUACGUCAUCGUCAAAGGCGCUGGAGGAUCGAAGAACUAUGAGAAGUCAGAGGAUCCGAUAUAUGUCCUCGAGAAUAACAUCCCCAUCGAUACCAAGUACUACUUGGAUAACCAACUUGCGAAUCCCCUUGGUCGGAUCUUCGAGCCCAUACUUGGAGAGAAGAAAGCCAGCCAGCUCCUCACCGGUGAACACACUAGAUCCAUCUCUGUGGCAGCACCGACUAUGGGUGGACUUAUGAAGUUCGCCAAAAAGACAGAGACAUGUCUGGGAUGCAAAAAGCCCCUAUCUAGCAAGGAGGAAAUGGCUGGGGCUGUCUGUGAGCACUGUCGACCUCGCCUUGGCGAGUUAUAUACUCGAUCUUUGAACAAAGUAUCGGAUUUGGAGGUCCGUUUUGGACGGCUGUGGACCCAAUGCCAGCGAUGUCAAGGUAGUUUGCAUUGCGAGGUGAUUUGCUCGUCGAGAGACUGCCCCAUUUUCUAUAUGCGCAUGAAAGCCAAAAAAGACGUCGAGGAUGCACAGAAGGAAGUGUCCAGAUUCGAUUUUGACGCUGGUGCGUGGUAA